AUGGCUGAUAGUCUGGUAAACCUCGACAUGGACGCCUGUUUCUCAGCUUUCGAUAGGGACGCCGAUGGGUUCCUAUCGAUCGAAGAAUUUGAAUUAAUAUGCCGGGCACUUUUUCGCAAUGAUCGAGGUAAAAUUUACGGAGUUGAAGAUUAUCAACUGCGGGAAAUAUUUGAUAUUUUUGAUACUAAAAAAGACGGCGUAAUUGAUCGUGAUGAAUUUGAGGUCUGCUGGAAUAGGUGGAUUAAAAUUUGCACGAGACCUAGGAGUGCCUUUUUGAUUGUUGAUGUACAAAACGAUUUUAUAACAGGGUCAUUGAAUAUAAAACAUUGUGCUGCACAACAAGAUGGUUCGGAAGUUAUCGAACCAAUAAAUCUAUAUGACACAGUAACAUUUAAAGGUCCACUUGGUCUAAAACAACGAUUGUGGCCUCGCCACUGUGUCCAGGAUUCUUGGGGCGCAGAACUUCACAAAGAUUUAAAAAUAGUCGAUAAAGCUAUUAAAAUUUAUAAAGGAACAAAUCCGGAAGUUGAUUCAUACUCAGUUUUUUGGGAUAACAAAAAACUUACAACGACAACGUUAUCAAGUCAACUGCAAGAUAAGGGAGCUACUGACAUUUAUAUCUGUGGACUUGCUUAUGAUGUUUGCGUAGGAGCUACCGCCGUCGACGCGCUCACCAGCGGAUAUCGCACAAUCCUGAUCGACGACUGUAGCCGUGGGGUUGACCUCGUCGACAUUGAAAAAACCAAGUCGAUGGUGAUCGCUAGCAACGGUGUGAUCGUUAACUCGAGUCAAGUAAAGGCCAUGGUAGAAGGCCGCGAUCGCAGGCCUGAGCUCGGAUACAAAUUAGCACUUGAAAUAAAACAGUUCUUUAAGGAAACAAUUAAUGAUAAAGAAAAAUAA